GUUUGCGAUGGCUCCGACUAAAAAUAAGCCGCCCAAAUCCGGGUUAAGCCCCGGUUUUUUCACAAUGGACAAUUUACGAAAGUACGUCUACGACCCCCAUUACUUGACACCCACGUGUUGUCUCCUCUUCCUGUUUGAAAUAAUUUUGAACAUUUUUAUAAUCGAAAAAGUGAAAUACACGGAAAUUGACUGGAAGGCCUACAUGCAGGAAGUUGAGGGGUUCAUGAACGGUACUUGGGACUACAAGGAGUUGAAAGGUGAUACGGGCCCCCUUGUCUACCCCGCUGGUUUUGUCUAUGUUUACUCACUUUUUUACAAAGUUACAUCACAAGGGAGUAACCUUUAUUUGGCCCAGUACAUCUUCCUGGUGUUAUAUUUAACCCAAACACUUCUAACGUAUCGAAUUUUUAUAAAGACAGUUAAAAUACCCCCUUAUGCGCUCAUUUUGACGACUUUGACCUCAUAUCGCAUACAUUCUAUUUACGUCCUACGACUGUUCAAUGACCCAAUUGCUGUACUCCUAUUUUACAUAAGUCUAAAUCUAUUUAUUUCAAAUCGGUGGUUUAUUGGGAGUUUUUUCUACUCCCUCGCCGUCUCAAUCAAAAUGAACAUUUUACUAUACGCCCCUUGUCUCCUAGUCGCUUAUUUAACAAACCUGACACUUGUUGAAACAAUCCUAAAUUUGUUUAUAUGUGGUUUGGUACAGUUGAUACUAGGGGCCCCCUUUUUAUACACCAAUCCUUGGUCUUAUCUGAAGGGAAGUUUCGAUUUGGGGCGCGUUUUCGAGCACAAGUGGACCGUAAAUUACCGUUUUUUGCCCCGCGAAAUUUUUGAAAGUCGACUCUUGCAUUUGGGUCUUUUGUCAUGUCAUAUUUUGCUCCUCCUGGUUUUCGCCCCCCUUUUGAAACGCUAUUUGAGCAGUUAUGCGAAAUUAAAACUAGUCACGGAUCAAGUCAAGAUACAACUCCACGACGAGAGACGCAAAAGACAAAAAGAAGACGAGAAAUUGAGUAAAGAACAACGGGCGUUUUUGGAAAGUUUCGAAAAACAAAUCAAAGGGGGUAGGGAGGUGAAAAAUGAAGAGUCAAAGUUUGAGGACAAGAUGAGUAAAGUGACUCAAUUGUUUGUUUUACCAUUUUUUGUUACUAAUUUGAUUGGGAUUGUUUUUGCUCGUUCGUUACAUUACCAGUUUUACAGUUGGUAUUUUCAUAGUUUAUUGUAUUUGGUUUUUUGUACCGGAUUUAGACGCCCUGUUAUGUUUCUAUUGUUGGGCCUUUUGGAGUAUUGUUGGAAUGUUUAUCCCAGUACGGACCUGUCAAGUGCCUUGUUACAUUUAUGCCAUUUUGUGCUACUAUUUGGUGUUUAUAGACAAUUGCUGCAAACUUCGAUGAUUGCCAAUAGUCGUGAAAAGUGGACUGAAAUCCAGAGAAAGUAA